GACUUCAACUUGAAGACGGAGUGUGGCUGUAAAAUUUUAAUCUAAAUUUCGUAUCAGAAUAUUCGUAUACCGUUAAACCUUGCAGCUAAGUUGCGUUUAAUAUACAAAAGAAGCAAAACUGAAAAAGGAUAACACCAUCACUACUGGGGAGAAUCGCAGCUUGUGUUGCUUUCUUUGGAUUAGGGUUCAGAGUCCCGAGCGAACCCCAAAACCAUUCUGUUGCUAUAGUCAUGGACUCCCCCGCUGUCAAUCACUUGGAUAUCUUCGAUAUUUAUCGCCGAUAUUGUGAUAUCAUGUCUGGAACAUAUGCUGCUGGGAGCGUAGAAGAUGAAUUGCAGAAAGCGAGAUUCUCAAAAGAGGCAUUGAAUCAGCUUAUGAAGUUCGUGGAGUCAAGUUUGCACAUAAGGCAUGUAUUCGGAAUAUAUGUGCGAUAUUAUAUUGGAAAGCCAAAUACGUUUACCAGGGCGGCUAUCUUUGAAGAAGUGUACAAGCUUAUGUUGCGGUUAAAUUUGGAGGCCGACUUCUCUGAGUUCUCGCGUUUCUAUGAUUUUGUCUUCUUCAUUUGCAGAGAAAAUGGACAAAAGAACAUCACUAUAAGCAAAGCUGUUACUGCCUGGAAAUUAGUUUUAGCUGGAAGGUUUCGGCUACUUGACCACUGGUGCAACUUUGUUGAGAAAAAUCAGCGAUACAAUAUAUCCGAGGAUACUUGGCAGCAAGUUUUGGCCUUUAGCCGUUCUGUGCAUGAAAAUCUUGAAGGGUAUGAUCGGGGAGGAGCUUGGCCAGUUUUGAUUGAUGACUUUGUGGAGCACAUGUACAGGAUUGGAGGAGUCGAUACUAUUUCUAACUCAUUCUGUAGCUGUGGUGAAUCAAGAGCCCAGCCAUUUGAGGAUUCUUUCCCUGGAUUGAAAGCUUUUCCUGGUUUGAAGAGGAAGUCUUGUGGCAAUUCGCAAAGAGGAGAAGAAUCAUAUGAUGGAUAUCCUGUCAUGGAUGUGAUUGUCAAUUCCAAGAGGAGGCACAUUAAAUUUGCCAACCAAAGUUUUCAGUGGACUGACAACCAAUCACAUGGUUGCUUGGAAACGGUUAAACCAAACUACCCCUUAAAUCAUUCUGCAUCUCCAUGCGCUGUUGAAGGUUGUCUGUCCAAGAGUCUUGCGGGACUCUUCUCAAGUCCUUCACGUUUGCAGUUUGAUGAAGAAAGGAGAGUCUCCUAUACAUAAAAGGAGUGUGAUCUGACAGAAUUUGUGGUUGAUCUGGAAGGAACCUGUUAGUGGUCAUUGGUAUAUCUCCUGGAGUUCCAUUAAUCACGGGAUAUCAGCGCUAUGGUUGCAACUAUAUGCUGAAAAGCAUGCGAUUAAUUGCAAGUAUUAGCUUGAAGUUGAGUGGAACUGGGAAUCUCUUGGUUUCUUUACAGAUCACAACCAGAAAGCCACAUCUUUGGACUUGCACCCAUAGACUGAUUACUGGGAUUGUGAUAGUCACCAGGGAAAAAGUGCGACAUGCAAGAUUAGAUUUUUUUAUAAAAGAAAUUCAAUUUGAACUUUUCUAUUAUUAUCGUUCUCCUGGGCGGGGAGAUGGCAGUGUUAAUUACAGCUAUGUUCUUAGCGCAAGGCUUUGUGCUUUCUUUGAAGUGAUUUACUGAUGCUUCUUCUAA